AUGCGCCGCUUCAACAGCGUGACUGUUGAUCAAGAAGCGCACACAGCUGUUAUUGGAGCUGGUGGGAGACUGGGUAAUAUUGCUCUGGCUCUUUACGACCAAGGCAAGCAAGCCAUCAGCCACGGAACAUGUCCUGGUGUUGGUGUAAGCGGUCUCACUCUUCAUGGAGGCUAUGGCAUGUCCUCUCGCCUGCACGGCCUGACUCUCGACCAACUUGUCUCUGUAACUGUCGUCCUCCACAACAGCAGCGUAGUAACCGCGUCACCGACCUCCAACCCCGACCUCUUCUGGGCCCUACGAGGCGCAGGCGCCGCCUUCGGCAUCGUCACCGACUUCAAAUUCAAAACGUUUGACGCCCCCGAAAGCAACCUCGUAUUCUCCUACAACCUCUCCCCAUCCAACACAUCGCAACUCGCCAACAUCCUGACCGUCCUCCAAAACUUCACCAUCCACGAUCAACCACCUGAGCUAAACAUGCGCAUGUUCCUCCCCAACCAACUAACUGGCGUAUACUACGGCAACCGCAGCGCCUUCGACACCAUCAUGAACCCGCUGCUUACCAAACUCAACAUCCCGCUCGAGGGACGCGGCGCAGGUACCGUUUCAGCGAAGAAAUGGAUCGACACUUUGACCUCCUUUUCCAACGGCCCGCUGCCCCAACCAGAAAUAUACGACUACCACGAGAACUUCUACGCCAAGUCCCUCAUGCCGGAGUACCUCUCGCCCGCCGCCAUGACCGCCCUCGCAGACUACUACUUCACCACCGCGCGCAACAUCCGGGGUCGCUCAUGGUACCUCCUCAUCGACAUGCACGGCGGCUCCGGCUCUGCCAUCUCCAAAGUACCCGCGGAUGAGACCUCGUACUCGCACCGCAACGCCGUCUUCAAGAUGCAGUUCAACGACCGCAUUUUCCCCGACAGCGCGACGUACACGCCCAAGAUGAUGGAGUUCUUGAACGGCUGGGUCGAUGCGAUUGAAAAGGCGAGCGAGGGCGAGCAGUUUGGCAUGUAUAUCAAUUAUGCGGAUACAAACCUUACCAAGGCGGAUGCGCAUUCGAGGUAUUGGGGAGAGCAUUAUGAGAGGUUGGUAGGGAUUAAGGGCGUGUAUGAUCCGCAGAAGGUGUUCGAGGGGCCGCAGUUGGUGGGGAGCUAG